UAAUAAGGACUAUUUAAACACACCCUGUAUCUUGCAAAUCACUCCUCUUUAUGGAAUGAAGUUAAGCUUGUAAACCCGUCAUACUUUCUGCAGAUCUCACAGAUAGCAAGCUGCACCUUUUCCGAUAAUCACAUGUUCCCGCCCCUUCACUGGACUACAGUUUCGAUGUGGGUGAAACACAACUGUUGUGAAGAGAGUGAGCUGGCAGGCUAUAUGCACUGCAGACUGUCACUCGCUGUUAGGGAGGUAUAAUGGCACAGAAAGGAGCUCAGCUGUACCAGGACGCAAUUUGCUGUUCGAUUUGUCUGGAAGUACUAAAGGAACCUGCGACUACUCCCUGUGGACACAGUUUCUGCAUGAGCUGUAUUCAAGCUCACUGGGAUAAAGAGGAUGAGAAGGAAGUCUACAGCUGCCCUCAGUGUAGGAAGAGCUCCACACUGAGGCCUGUCCUGCUGAAAAACACCAUGUUAGCAGCUUUAGUGGAGGAGCUGAAGAAGACUGGACUUGAAGAAGCUCCUGCUGAUCACUGCUAUGCUGGACCUGAAGAUGUGGCCUGUGAUGUCUGCACUGGGAGAAAACUGAGAGCCAGUAAGUCCUGUCUCAUGUGUCUGAUCUCUUACUGUGAGCAACACCUCCAGCCUCAUUAUGAAUCUCCUGCCUUUGGAAAACACAAGCUGGUGGAGCCCUCCAAGAAGCUCCAGGAGAACAUCUGCUCUCGUCACGACGAGGUGAUGAAGAUGUUUUGCCGCACUGAUCAGCAGUGUAUCUGUUCUCUCUGCUCUGUGGAUGAACAUAAAGGCCACGAUACAGUGUCAGCUGCAGCAGAGAGGACUGAGAGGCAGAGAGAGCUGGAGGGGAGUCGACAAAACCUCCAGCAGAGGAUCCAGGACAUAGAGAAGGAUGUGAAGCUGCUUGAAGAGGAGGUAAAGGCCAUCAACUGCUCUGCUGAUAAAGCAGUGGAGGACAGUGAGAAGAUCUUCACUGAGCUGAUCCGCCUCAUGGAGAAAAGAAGCUCUUAUGUGAAGCAGCAGGUCAGAUCUCAGCAGGAAACUGAAGUGAGUCGAGUCAGAGAGUUUCAGGAGAAGCUGGAGCAGAAGAUCUCUGAGCUGAAGAAGAAAGACGCUGCACUGGAGGAUUUCUCUCACACAGAGGAUCACACGCAGUUUCUUCAGAGCUACCCCUCACUGCCACCUCUCAGUGAAUCUACAGACUCAUCCAGCAUCAACGUCCUUCCUCUGCGCUUCCUCGAAGAUGUGAAAGCAGCGUUGUCAAAAUUCAGAGAAAGACUUCUAAAUGUUCUGAGAGAGAAAUGGACAAACGUCUCUCUGACAGUGGGUGAUGUGGACAUAUUGCUGUCACAACCACAGCCCAAGACCAGAGCUGAUUUCUUAAGAUACUCACAUAAAAUCACUCUGGAUCAGAACACAGCACACACACGUCUGUUGUUAUCUGAGGGGAACCAGAAAGUAACUUUAACGCCAGAACAAAAUUAUCCUCGUCACACAGACAGGUUCAUUGAUUGGCAGGUCCUGAGUAGAGAGAGUCUACCUGGACGUUGUUACUGGGAGGUGGAGAAAGGUGUGGGAGGAGUUGCAGUGGCUGUAGCGUACAAAGAUGAUAACACUGUGAAAGGAAAAUUUGGAGAUAGUGACAAGUCAUGGGCAUUAGGUUUUUACAAAGGUCGUUAUGAUUUCAGACAUAACAAUAUCGCAACUCCAGUCCCAGGUCCUCAGGCCUCCAGGGUCGCGGUGUACCUGGAUCAAAGUGCAGGUAUUCUGUCCUUCUACAGCGUCUCAGAGGAAACCAUGAUGACCCUCCUGCACAGAGUCAAGACCCCCUUUGCUCAGCCUCUCUACGCAGGACUUCGUGUUAAUCCUGCCAUCGGAAACACUGCUGAGAUGUUGUGAGCUUAAGAAGUCAUUGAGAGGAAAAUGGAUAAUCCUCAGAUGCUGGAAAACAGUUUGGUAAAUGCAAAGAGGAAAGGAAGACAUUUUAAAAUCCUGAUCCUGCAGGUGUACAAAAGGCCAUCACAAGGAACUGGUUAAAAAGUGACCCCCUCCCUGGACUGGGUCAGAGGCUGGACAUUGCAGAAGAAAUACUAAUGAAAGACUGACCUACUGUCUAAGGACUAAAGCAGACAUCUGUUAACAACACUGGGAAUGUCUAAAAGUAUGUAUUUGUGUAAGUUAUGCAUUUGUCGAUUUAAAUUUGAGAGUUUAAAGACCGUUAUCAAGUUUUCAGAUACAGGAAACACUUUGGAAAUGUACUCGGGGCAUUCACUUUACUACUACUUAUAUUAUUUGAUUUGCAGUAAAGGUAGAAAUGUGUUGCUUCAGAUUUGGUGCGUUAGGUCGCUCUUCUACAUUGUUGUGGUUCUAUCUAUACAUGGGUAUGGGUUAGUGAGUAAUAUGGCUUCUCCUCUGCUCCGUCAGCUAUUAGCAGAUUUUAAAUCCCCCACCAGAGGUCCCUCUUUGCAUAUGUUUCCCACUGUCACAAAACUCAGGUGUGCUUUGGUGCCUUUUACUUUUCAUAAGGAGUAUUUUGUGUUUAGAUAUGGUUAGGGUUUUCAAAUGCUGAUUUAUUAUUUUUUAUCUUGGAAGGAAAUGCAAAUGAUGUACUUUUUAUCACACAUCAUCUUAUCUAACACUGAUUUAUCUCAUAAGAUGCAGUUUGUUUCAUUUUAGUCUCUAUUUUAACAUCAAUAUGACCUUUGCUGCAGGAUUUAAUGAAUGUAAUACUCACAUAAUAUGCUUUUGAUUAUGUUUCUCGUUAUCCUUGGUUUAAAUUGAGAUUGGUGAUUUCGUUUGCUGUGAAAGCUGGGAUGUUUCAUCACAUCCUGACCUAGUAAUCCGCCAUGGUAAAGUGUACGAUAUAAGUUGUGAAGGUGAUGAUUUAUUUCAUUAAAUUAUACAUUUGGAA